UGAGGGAGAUUCCAUCAGAACAGCCUACGUGUAAUGGAUCUUCUGGCUUAUGUGGCAUGGGGGUGACACGGUGGCAGUGUCUUCUCAUAUUUCUUCAUCCUUAUAUACAUAAUCCCCCUUGCAAUUUUAGGGUUUAACAUUGUUAGAAACUUGAAAUGGGGAAGAAGAAGCGUGUGUGUAAGAAAAAGGCUCCGCCACCGUCAAAGGCCACCAAACCGCCGUCACAGUCCAAGCAAAGGAAGAAAAAGGAGCAGGAGGCGGUAAAGCCCAAGACGGAGAAGCAAGUCAGGCAUGCAAACAAGAACGAAGAAGGAGGAACCUCCGUUCGUGAUGAGGAGUUUAACGAUGAGUUCAGUGCUGUUAUCCAAUAUGGUGGGGAGUUUGUGUUUCUGAACGAUGGUCGUACGAUUUAUAGAGGAGGUAUGUCGUCGUUAGUUUCGGGACUCCGUUUAGAAGAGUUUACCUUGGAUAGUAUACAUAGGUUGGUGAUGGGUUGGGGUUACCGUGAAGGGACAUAUAGAAUCUGGACUCUAAUUCGUGAAAUAUAUGAAGAUUAUUUUCAGAUUAGAAAGGAUGAUGAUUGUUAUGACUUUGCUACAUAUAACUGUGUGAAUCGAAUUGACGGGGAACUUUUUAUAGAGCAUGAUGUUGUAGAUAUUGGAGCAACCGUAAGACUUCCUAGGUGUGUUAAUGAGGUUGGUGAGAUGGAAGGAAGUGAUGAAGAAGAGGUUGAGGGGCUAGGUGAUAGUGAAGAUGAGAGGGCCACUGCGCUUGUUGAUGGUUUUGAGGGGAUAGAUAUAAGUUUACCACAGAAAGAGGUCCCAAAAGUUGCUGAAUAUGUUAGUGUUAGUAAAGAGAAACCUUGCGAGGAAGAUGAAUAUGUUAGUGAUGAGUUGGAAAGUUCUGACCCUGAUUUGUCUGACAGUGAGAAAGCUAAAGUCCAAAAGUUUGAAAAGUUCAAAAAGGAGCAUUUAAAUAGGGAUUUUAAAUUUCAGUGGGGUAUGGAAUUCAACUCCCUAGAUGAAUUUAGGUAUGCCAUACGUGAAUGGUCUGUAUUAAAUGGGAGACAAAUUACUUUUGUCAAAAAUGAAAGUGAUAGGGUUAGGGUGGUGUGCAGGGCCACUUGUGGGUUUUUAAUGCUAUGCUCCAAAGUGGGCCACAAGAGGACAUUUGCUAUAAAAACCAUUGUAGACAAACACACUUGUGCUAGGGUUUUAGACAAUAAAUCUGCAAAUUCAAGGUGGGUGGCUAAGAUUGUUUUGAAGAAGAUGCAGACCUCACAAGAUGUCAGAAUCACUGAUAUUAUACAAGAUCUGAGGCAAAAUUACUCUGUAGGUAUAACUGUUUGUAGGGCUUGGAAAGCAAAACUCAUAGCCAAGAAGAUGUUGGAGGGAGAUGCAGAUAGGCAAUAUGCAAUAUUGAGGAGGUAUGCUGCAGAGUUAUUAAGGGCCAGCCCUGGAAACACUUUGGCUAUAACUGUUGAAAGGCCUAACCCAACAAUCCCACCAAGAUUUGGUUGCUUCUAUUUCUGCUUUGAGGGAUGUAAAAAGGGUUUCAUUAAUGGAUGUAGGCCCUUUGUGGGAGUGGAUGGCUGCCAUCUUAAAACAAAGUAUGGUGGUCAAUUGCUAAUUGCUGUAGGGAGGGACCCUAAUGAUCAGUAUUUUCCACUUGCUUUUGGGGUUGUGGAGACAGAAACAAAAGAAAGCUGGAAGUGGUUCUUGGAGCUGUUGAUGAAUGAUGUGGGCCAGAGCAACAGAUAUGUGUUCAUAUCAGACCAACAAAAGGGUCUUGUUGCAGUCUUUGAAGAGAUGUUUGAGAGAAUUGAGCACAGGGUUUGUUUAAGGCAUCUAUAUGCCAAUUUCAGGAAAAAAUUUGGAGGGGGUGCACUCAUUAGAGAUCUAAUGAUGGAGGCUGCAAAAGCCACUUACUACCAAGGCUGGUUACAAAAGAUGAAUGAAUUGAAGUUGAUAGAUCUUGAUGCCUGGACAUGGUUAAUGGGUGUUCCUCCAAAGUCAUGGUGUAAGCAUGCUUUUUCCUUUUACCCUAAAUGUGAUGUACUAAUGAAUAACAUAUCUGAAUCAUUUAAUGCUACUAUUUUAAGUGUAAGAGACAAACCUAUUUUGACCAUGUGUGAGUGGAUUAGGCUGUACUUGAUGAAUAGAUGUUCUGCCUCAUCAGCCAAACUAAAAAAAUGGCCUCAUAAAGUAAUGCCAAUACCUAGGAAGAGACUUGAUAAAGAAGUCAUGCUAAGUGGGCAUUGGUUGCCCACUUGGGCAAUGGAUGAGACAUUUGAGGUGAAUCAUUCAUAUAAUGGUCAGAAGUUUGUAGUUGACAUUGCUAAGAGAAGUUGUACUUGUAAUUUCUGGGAGCUAGUUGGCAUCCCUUGUAGACAUGCUAUUGCUGCUCUAUCUUUCAGACAACAGAAUCCAGAAGACUUUGUAGACAGUUGCUAUCAUAGGGACAAGUAUGCCAUAUGUUAUAGUUUUCCUAUAAGUCCAAUCAAUGGUGAAGAAAUGUGGCCUGAGGUAGAUGCUGAUCCAAUAAUGCCCCCCAUGUACAAGAGAGGUCCUGGCAGGCCUAAGAAAUUAAGGAUUAGGGAGUGUGGAGAAGAAGGUGCUAGAAGAAGGAGAUUACCAGGUGUGUCUUAUAGGUGCACCAUUUGUGACAAAUUUGGUCACAAUGCUCAAACUUGCAAAAGCACAACUCAGAAUCCCAAUGCACUUAAAAGAAAGAAAAAGGUUAAGUUGGAUGCUCAAACUACUGCAACUCAUGGAGCUGAGACUGGUGCAACUGAUGUUCCCCAAAGUGAUGCAACUGAUGGAGUUCAAACUGAUGCAACUCAUGGAGCUGAGUCUGGUGCAACUGCAGUGACCCAAACUGCUGCAACUGAUGGAGUCCAAAGUGCUGCAACAGAUGGAGUUCAAACUGAGACAAAUCAGACUGAUUUUUUUGGAGACAUUACUGAUGAUGUGAUCUCAAGCCUGCCAGAGUUUAACUCUACCCAAUGCUCUGCUGUGGAUGGAGCCUCACAAAGGAGAGGUAAGAAAAAGAUGUCACCUACCAAGCCAAUCAAGAGGAGGACAAGUGAAAGACAGAAGUUGUUCUGGUUUAAAAAACCAAUAACUGGCCCAGGUGCUACCUCUGAACAACCAAUAUCAGUGACUGAUGAAGAUAACAAUGAUGAGUCAAGGCGUGGGAAGAAGAAAUUGAAGAAGAACUAUUAAGUCAUGAUUAUGUAUAAGUCCUAGUUAUGUAUAAUGCUAGUGAACUUCAAUAUUUUGUUUAUG